CGACCCACCACAUUCUACGCACUCAUCACCGAGAGGUCCGAGACCUUGCAACAGCGGCAUCGUCGUCUGCAAAUCUCGAAGCGAAGAUGAAAAUUGUGGUGGCUUAUCUCCUGGCCGUCCUCGGCAGCAACCCCAACCCCUCCGCCGAUGAUAUCAGAUCCAUCCUUGAAUCAGUGGGAGCGGAGGCAGAGGAUAAGAGGAUCAACCACUUCCUCGCGGAAGUCAAGGGCAAGGACAUAACGGAAGUCAUCGCUGCCGGCCGGGAGAAGUUCGCUUCCGUGCGCUCCGGUGGCUCUGUGGCUGCCAUCGGGGUCGCCGCCCCUGGUAGCGGCGGUGCGGGCGGUGCCCCAGAUGCAGAGGAGCCUAAGAAGGAGGAGAAGGUGGAGGAGAAGGAGGAAUCCGACGAGGUGAAACUCCCUGUCUUUCCCUUCCGCAAAUUUUCGUUUCCGACAUAA